AUGCCGAGCAAUAACUGCACGUGCACCUGCACUUGCGCCCUCCCCCUCGCCCUCGCGCUCACCGGCCCCUCCUCCCAACCCGUUCCCAACCCCAUGCUCCGUCUCCUCCGCCGCCUGCCCACAACCCGCGCGCAAGCCCACCGCCUCUACCAGCGUCUCCGCCAGCUCCUCAUCCACCACACCCGCCAUCUCCGCCACCUCCUCUCCCCCUCCCGCUCCCGCACCAGGCCAAAGCUCCUCAUCCGCCGAAUGGCACCUGUGAUCCACCCCCCCACCCGCCCCGGCGGCCGCCAAGACCCCCGCAUCAUCCUCUACCACCAAACCCACUAUAUCGACGGCAAAACAUACGUCUCCCUCCUCCCGCUGCUCAAAACCUCCUCCCGCCGCAUAACACACCUCAUCCUCGCCGCCGUCCACCUCAACGCCAUCCCCGGCGAGAUCACGCUCAACGACCACCCCUUCGCACACCCGUCCUUCGACCCCCUCUGGGACGAGCUUACAACCCUCAAGGACGAGGGCAUCAAGGUGCUGUUCAUGCUGGGUGGCGCCGCGCAGGGCACAUUCACACGCCUCGACACCCCCGACCCCGCAACAUUCGAGGCUUACUACGCUCCGCUGAAGGAGCUCAUCGAGAUCUAUGCGCCCCACGGAAUCGACCUCGACGUCGAGGAGCCCAUGUCGCUGACAGGCAUCGUGCGUCUCAUCGACCGCCUCAAGGCCGACUUUGGCGCGGACUUCAUCAUCACGCUGGCGCCGGUCGCCGCUGCGCUGCAGGGCGGCGGGAACAUCAGCGGUUUCUCGUAUGAGGCGCUGGAGGCGGCGCGCGGGGCGAGUGCGGUGGUGAGGAGGGGGUGGCGGCCAGAGAAGGUGGUGGCGGGGAUUGUGACGAAUGGGAGGAAUGGCGCGGGGUGGGUGGGCAUGGAGACGCUGCAGACGGUGCUGAUGGAGUUGGUGGAGAUGUUUCCCGGCUUUGGGGGCGUGAUGGGGUGGGAGUAUUUCAAUGGCUUGCCUGGGGAUGUGGGGAAGCCGUGGGAGUGGGCGGAGAACGUGGGCAUGGCAGUGGAGUGUGGGGUGGCGCUGGCAGAUGCGCUGGUGGAGGAGAGAUAG